AUCUGACGAGGUAACUGCCAUACCCACACACAGGCUGCAGUUGUUAGAUGCCACCCUCAUUGAAAGACAUUUGAGGGCAAAUAUUUCUGCUCUAUUAGACUAAUAAACGUAGCCAGAAAGUUACUUAGAAGAUUCCAUGUACCAUUGAUUAACUGAGCCGAAAUAAUAUGAAAGAACUCCUGUAGGUGACCCACUGUUCCUCUGUAGUGACCAUGGAGACUAAAGCGAACGGGUCUGUGGACAUCAAAAGCACGGUGGAGAAUGGUGAGCUUCCAGACCCUGCCCUGUGGGCGGUCGCUGAUGUUGUCAAUUACUUCAAAGCUACUGGGUUUGAGGAACAAGCAAACGCUUUCCAGGAUCAGGAGAUUGAUGGCAAGUCUCUUUUACUGAUGACUCGCAACGACGUCCUGACGGGUCUGUCGAUAAAGCUGGGACCAGCGCUGAAGAUCUACGAGUACCAUGUUAAGCCCCUUCAGACUCAGCAUCUUAAGACCAAUGUGUCGUAGCACUACUAACAAGUACUCUCUGAGGAGAAGACAAUCAUGACUGUGUGGAUGCUACAGGGUUCUACUUUUGAUGAGCGAGGAUUCUUCCAUUUCUUAAUCAUCAUAUGUGGGGUGUGGGGACACAGACAUUGCGAGAGGAAAGGGUGAAACUUCAUUGUACUACUGGAUGUUUUGAAAGGGGCAUAUUUGCAGUAUUUGUUGUACUGCUUAUACCUUCUUGUUGUUGUUGGGUCAUUAGAAAUAAUGAAAAUAUUGACUUGUUUAUUUUUAACUUAUGAUAGUGUGUGUGUGUGUGAGAGAGAGAGAGAGAGAGAGAGAUUGUGUGUAUCUGAGCUACGUGUAGAUGUUUUUUUUCCCCCUCAUGGAACCCAGAAGUCAAACACUACAUUGCACGUUGUAGUGUACUCCUGAUUUAUUGUGUGCAGUUUUCCCAAACUGAAUAGUCUGAAAGGUGAAUCUUUUAAUUUCAUUUGUAAAUACCAGGGAUGUUGGGAUUUGCAGUUUAUUUAACUUUUUAUAAAGAUUUGUGCAGUUUUGUAUCAUAGUAUAGUAAAAGCCAUAGCCCCUGAUUCUGUGGUCUCAUGAGGCCAAAUAUAGAUUAAUAAUGUAUGAAACCUGAUCAAAUCAGUGGUGCUAAUUUAUCUCAGAAGAGUACUUUACAUGGUGACUAUUGUUUUGAGAUCUUUGAAUCUGCUUAAAGUUAUAAUUUAUUUUUUAUUUUGUAAUAGAUGGCAAGUCAAAUCAUUUUAAAUGUAUAUCAAAAAAUGGAUAACCCAGAUAUUCAUGAAAUAUGUGACAGAUCAUGUUAAUAUUUUUAUUUUCAUCAGGUAAUAUAUAUCCUUGGUGUCCUUGGCGUGGUUGUUUAUGAGUUGUUGAAUGUGUGGAUCUUUUCAGUUGGCUGCUGUAUUGGAAACUGUGCUGGUUUUCCCUCAAGUAAUCAUUUGUUUUGACAUGACUACAAUUGUAUUGAUUUUGCGGAUGUUGACAAAUGCACAAGAACUAUAAAAGAGAUUUAUUUGAUAUGA